AACUAAGUGCCGGUGAAAAGUAAAACCAUAAUAAUGACUCUUAUAAUUCUAAUUAUAACAUUUGUUAUUUGUCUUGGUUAUAGUGUAUACCAACACUUUACCAAGUUCAAUGACUAUUGGCUUAACAGAAAUGUUGCCUACGCGAAACCUACUUUUUUCUUCGGGAAUAUUAUAGACUCUUUCUUGAGAGAAAAACCAGUUGGAGUUGUGUUCAAGGAAAUAUACGAUGCUUAUCCAGAAGAGAAAGUCGUCGGGUUUUUCAGGAUGCGCUCUCCAGAUCUGCUUCUAAGAGAUUUAGAUGUCGUGAAAUGUGUUUUGAUAAAAGAUUUCGAUAUAUUUACUGAUCGUGGAAAGGAAUACAGUAAGUCGGGGUUCGGGGCGAACUUGUUCCACGCAGACAGCGCCACCUGGCGAGUGCUGCGUAAGAGAUUUUCACCAAUGUUUACUCCUGGGAAAUUGAAAAAAAUGAUGUACUUGGUGACGGAACGUGGAGACAGAUUCACUGAGUAUAUUGAUAGGAUAACACAGAAGAAUACAGAGCAGGAGAUCCACGGACUUACGCAGAAGUUCACCCAAUCUGUCAUAACUGCUUGUGUCUUUGGUCUCGACCUUGACACCUUUGAUCAGCAACACAAAACCCUUCAAAGGAUCGACAAGAAGAUCUUCUGCGUGAAAUACGGCUCGGAACUCGAAAGCAUGUAUCCAGGCAUUUUGAAGAAGAUUGGAGGCUGGUUGUUCCCUGAAGAAGUGAAGACAUUCUUUUCCAAAUUAAUCAAAGGUGUGAUUGCUACGAGAAAUGGGCAGCCCUCCAACCGACAUGACUUUAUGGACCUGCUUUUAGAGCUGAAAAAAGAAUAUGGACAUGGACAGAACCAUGCAAAUAACUUGGAUAUGACUGAUGAAGACAUAGCAGCUCAAGCUUACAUUUUCUAUGCAGCAGGAUAUGAAUCUAGUGCCUCCACCAUGGGGUUCUUGCUGUACCAGUUAGCUUUAAACCAGGACAUACAAGAUAAACUAUAUGAAGAAAUAAAGGAAGCCCUAGAAAACAGAGAGAUGACUUAUGAUGCUAUCAUGAAUCUGUCAUACAUGGAAAAAGUCUUCAAUGAGACGUUGAGGAUGUAUCCGAUCAUCACCAAACUGAAGCGAAGAGCUAAAACUGCUUAUAAGAUUCCAGAAACUGAUAUAACCAUUGAUAAAGGCCAGUUGAUCAAGAUUUCAGUCCUUGGAAUACAUCAUGAUGAGAAAUACUACCCGAACCCUGAAGUGUUUGACCCGGAAAGGUUUUCUCCGGAGAAUGUGCAAGCGAGACACAAAUGUGCUUUCCUGCCGUUUGGAGAAGGACAGAAACAGUGUAUUGGUAUCCGCUUUGCACAAAUGCAGUCAUGGGUGGGGCUAGCCAAGCUGCUCCUCCGCUACAGGGUGGAGCCUUCAGCGAAGACCCCGCUGCAGUUCACAUAUGAGCCACAGAGAGUCAUGCUGUAUCCGAAGGGAGGCUUCCCCAUCAAUAUUGUAAGAAGAUAUUAAUUU